ACAGAACGACUUAGGAUCUUUCCGAUCUACAACACAAUGCCCAACUUCAGACGACUCUCGACUCAGCAGGAUCCUUCUCUUACCUCUAGGAUGGAUAUCCCAAGCUUGAAUUCUGGCCCGCCCAUGUUAGUCGAUGAACUCCACGAUUCUGACUGAUAGUCAUCCAGAGAUUCCACUACACAAGCUAUGCAGACAACGCCUUGCGACAUUCCAAAAGGCACUUCAGGAAAUAUCCCCUUCCGCGCGACCCCUACACAGUCAGCCAUUACUUGCAGUGGUACUCAAGUGGUACAAAUCACCGAUUUGACGCGCACGUACCAUUGUUUUUGAACUAACGCUCCUAACAUCAAACCUACUUGCAAGAAGCUGCAAGAAUCCGACUAAAAAUGUUAUUCUUAUUCAUUGCGAUGAUAUCCCUGAAAAUGCUGUUGUUUUAUCAACUUUCCUCUUUUGUUUAGCUUACACCGGUGUUCUCUUUUGGCCUAGCCACGAACUUUUCUAUUCACACGCCCAAGGCCAUUUCGAGUCAAGACUACGAUAUAUAGAGACAUGGCUCCUCAAUGUUGGAGACUUACCGUCAUUGUGUUAGUUGCAUCCACUUACGCCACACCUAUCCUGAGGCGUUUCCGUUGCCAAACCGCCAUUGCCAUGCAAACUCUACUAAAUCAUUCGCUUCCCCAUUCCAGUCAACUGUCGCCUGUUGACGAUCUCGACGAGAACACUGUGCCAGUGAAUCAGUCUCAGUGUUAUGUGACACCCGACAUGUUCCCCUCUUAUUCCCUUCAGGAUGAAUCGAGUUUAAGCUACUUCGAAGAUAUUUUUGCUGGAUAUAUUGAUUCGUCUGCUCCGGUCGACGCUACUCCCCCAAACGGUUCACCUGAGCCACUGAUGGAGUCCGUCUACAAGAUUGCGGCGGGUGCGCAAAACAUGUGUUUCGACCUUCAGAAGAACUAUUAUCGCCUGUGCACAUUAUAUCAGGAGUCUCAGCAACAGAUAACUACUUUGCAUCAGAAAAUUGAACACCUCGAACACCGAAUCAAUGCGACGACAACUCCCCCUGUCAUCAACAUCGCACAGCCAAACACGGUUUUGAAAACUGCCUCUAGUAUCCCGCAAGCUCUGAUCCCAACGCAAAGCGAAUUCACGCAAGGAUCCAGCCAGCCUUUCAACGAUAGGGACGGGAAAGAAAUGGUUUCCGGUGGUCCUAGUAAGAGGACUAAGCAGAAUAAUAGGCCUCCGCCGUUAGUUCUGCCAUUUGCAGCAGGUGCGCCUUACUCGGCACCCGCAACUACGACGGCACCCACAUUCCCGUCAGCGUCAAGCACAAGCGGCGAGACCCCUGAAGUAUCUGCACUAGAAGGAGUCGGUUUCGCUGCCUUCCUUCGGCCACCCAGUACUGAACGCCAUCAUCAAGGACAUCGAUCAAACCCUGUUAAUGUCUAUGAAGCGGAUGCUUCAUUCUUCUCGCAUGCUUCACCGGAAGAUCCUGACAUGAUGGCUCUCAUGAAUUCGCUAUCCACGCCUUCCCACAGUACUAGUAAUCCUGUUUCUCACAAUCGGAGUCGAUCUGAUUCUUGUAUAGACUAUAACGUCCAAGAAGCACAAACAUCAGACAACGGCAAGGGCGUCGAUAAUCCUCAAUGGAACCCUUCUUCUUAUCCUGCGGACACUUCAUUUUACGGCUAUUCGACCCCAUCUGGAACACCAAAACUAAUCCCCGCGUCCAUGAAGACCUAUUUACCUCAGGUUUUGCCCUCUAACACAUCAAGUCACUAUCGCCAAGCCUCGAUGACUCGGUCGAACAGCGGGCAAGCACUUGCUGUUCCGUCUCCCGCCUUCUCUGUAUCGCCUACACGGUCAAGUUUCUCCACAAUGACUGAUGCUUCUACUCCUUCUGAGUCAAUGACUAUACAAGCUCCCGAACUAUUGAAUCUUCCACGAUCGGCUACAUCACCAGCAUCUUCAAAUGUUAAGCUGGAGGAACAACCGAUCUCAAAAGCUGCACGUAACAGAAGGACGGCGGAACAGAGUGGUAUAUCUGAAAGACCUACCAAACGACAAAAGCAGGAUAAGGAUGCGCCAGCUUCAGGAGUUGUUGUCAAUGCACAGGCUAAUGUGGAUGCUACACGGGUCGGUCAGACACCAAGUGCCCAGAGCAGUCGCAAAUCGAGAAGGCCUCGAGCCAAAAAACAGCCGUCUUUACAGGCACCGAGAGAUGGGGAGAGUGGAAUUGGCUUUGUGAAGGUUUCCACUCCUGCCAGCUAUGGGCGGCCACCUAUGGAUGCGCAAGGUAGUGCGGCUUCAGCAACAAUUGACACCUCCAGUAUGUCUGCUGAGACCAGGAAGCGAAAAAGAGAAGUGAAUGUAAUAACUGUCCACUGCAAUGACCUGAUAUACAAAAAUAGAGCACAGACUUGCGAAACUCGAGAGUUCAAUAGCGAGAUAACGGAACAAGAUAGAGCACACCAAAAACAAAACAAAAACGAAACGAAAUCAAUGGCCUCCAUCAGCAUAUGGGGUCGUGUAGUCAGAAUACGACGACUGAUAGGGCUUCUCAUGCGAUGGUGGGACGGGGUCAUGGAGCGUUUUAUAGCCCUUACCACCCGAGCGUCGAUUCCGAACAACCAUCGUAACAACAGCGCCGAUGAGCAACACGACGAUCAAGCCCAACAUUCCAAUAAUGAUGUAGCUCAAGCGCAACACAUUGCUCAGGUCAACGGAGCUGCUGCUACUGUCGCUGUCUGCCAGAGCGCCAGAUGCAUCUUUGAUGCCACUGCCACUCUUGCUAGUGCUGAUAGGCGGCCUGGCCUGGGUACUAGCGGCUGUAGCAUCAGAGGUUGUAGAGGAAGAGGAAGAGGAAGAGUGUGAAGCAACGAAAGCGUCUAGACGGGCUUUGUUAAGGGUGUCGAACUCUGCCCAAGCUUUCUCUAUGUCGGUAACCUACGAGGAAGGUCAACGGUUAGGGCCCAAAUAUGCGUCAGUGAACUAU